UGUGCGCAAGCUGACAGUCAAACAUGAUUGAAAAAAGCUGGCACUCAACUGAAAUAUCAACAGCAACAUCGUGAUUCCACAGAUCCAUUCCAUGGCGUCGCUUCGGUGCUGCUUCCCCAGCUCCUCCUUCUGUCCCCUCCUCCCUCUCCUCGAUUAUUCUCGCGCUCCCGCUCCCGCUCCAGUCCAACUCUCUGGGCACCUCUCUUUUUAAUAACGCCAGCCAGCGAUGCCUGCGCAGAUCUUGCCGCCAUUGCGUCGGUGAAUCUCACAAUCCCAGGUUCUCGGUGGUAGUCGCAGGCCUGGUUCGUCUGCCGCGGCUCCCGUCGAGGUCGACCCUGGUUGAGCAUCAUCGAGAGUUGAAGAAAACAUGUUUUGGAGAAAGCAAGCUUCUCAUUGCGAUUCAGAUGAUGCUAAGCAAAGGCAAGCAAAGAUCGAGGAACUCAGAGCUGCACUUGGGCCUUUGUCCGCCCGUGGAGAGAAAUAUUGUAAUGAAGCAUGCUUGGUAAGAUAUCUCGAGGCCCGCAACUGGAAUGUUGACAAGUCUAGAAAAAUGCUGGAAGAAAGUCUCCAGUGGAGGGCUGUCAGGAGGCCUGAGGAUAUUCGAUGGCCGGAUGUUUCCGUUGAAGCAGAAACAGGUAAAAUAUAUAGGGCACCUUUCACGGAUAGAGAGGGGAGAACCGUGAUUGUAAUGAGACCUGCAAAGCAGAAUACAUCAUCUCAUGAAGGGCAGUUGCAGUAUCUUACAUAUACCUUGGAGAAUGCAGUCCUCAACCUGCCUCAAGGUCAAGACAAAAUGGUGUGGCUGAUAGACUUCACAGGAUGGACACUGGCCCAUCGAAGUCCCUUCAAGACUUCCAGAGAGAGUAUGAACACCGUGCAAAACCAUUACCCGGAGAGGCUUGCGGUUGCAUUUAUGUUCAAUCCGCCCAAAGUAUUUGAGGCUUCUUUUAAGGUUCUCAAAGUACUGAUUGACCCGAAAUCAGCCCAGAAACUGAACUUUGUGUACAAGGAGAACGAAGAGAGCAUGAAGACAAUGUACAGCCACAUUGAUCCAGAAGUUCUUCCUGUUGAGUUUGGAGGGAAGAACAAUGUACUGUACAACCAUGAGGAUUACUCUAAGUUGAUGACCAAAGAUGACAUCAAAACAUCAAGCUUUUGGGGGGCAGAUGGUAACAAUGCCAUGAACAGGCACUCGGUUCCUGAGGUUAAAUCGCAGUCAUCACAAAUUGUUGCGAAAGAAAGUUGAGAAACAUUGGUCAGCCAUCUCACCUGUUGUUGCUAAAGCAAGUUGUGAUGCGUAACCGUUAUGAGUUUGCAAUUGCCUUGGGUACAGCUGUAUAAAAAGAAAUAAACAAAUGUAACUACAAAAUACCUUGCUUGUGAAUUUCUGAUUACAAACAACAGUUAUAUUUGGCCAUCGCUAAAUAAGUGAUUUCAUUA